AUGAUCGGAAUGGCAUCGAUAUGCAUCUACGAGCACGAUGCAGCCACAAUAAUGCCGGCACUCAUAUCUGAAUUACCGUAUUCCACUACUCUACUCCGUCGAAUCCAACAUGGAAUCGCGUAUCCGGUUGAGACUGCCCAUAUAUUGGCAACUUUCCCGUCCGGCUCAACCCCUGAACCUGGACAACCAUGGCUGGCUGCGCGGGUGGAUCUCUUUGCCGGCCGCACAACACAAAUGCUCAUCUACUCCAGCCUCGAAGCGGAGCACACGUCAAUUCCUCCGAUCGCCACUGUCAGCGAUAGUACCAAAGCCACAACAUCGGAGAUAUUAAAUGUGGACUCGGGAUCCAAUAAUAACAAAAACAAUGCCAAUGAUAAUAAUCAUGAUAACGACAUCGGCACUGUAACCAACCCCAUUGUUUCCACAUUUUCCGCCGACCCAGCUGUCCUAGCCCUGGCCCGCGCGCAGCUAUUGGCUUUGCUGUCAUAUGUCAAGACUUACUUGCUGUCACCUUACCUGUCAUAUUUGGCGAAAUCAGCACAAGCCACACCUGCUGAGGCUGGAACGACUCGCCCAAACAACAAUCCCACUGCCAAUAGUACUGUUCCCCUGAUCCCCGCGCCAGAUCCACGGGCCUUCCUCAUCGGCAGCCUUCAUACAGGUCUCUUCUCUCUCCUGCAGGGAUCUGGCUCUUACACUCUAUCUAACCCGAUCCCCAAUAUCCGGUUCCAUCGCUUCGAUGAUCCGCCUUAUUACAAGUACUUCUUCCAGAGAUCCAAGUUCAGCCCCGAUGCAGAGGCUGGAAAAUCUGACAAUCUGCCGUUCGCGGAUCUGUCCCUUCCGUCCGGAUAUAGGUUCCAUGACCGAGAGGGGAGGGAGGGUGUUCUGAGUAAGCAUCUGGAUCUUGUGCAGAGUCGGACACAUAUCCCCCGGCCAAGGGCACAGCUAUCUAUGAUGCCCGGCAUGGCAGUCUAUUUUGAUUCCGGGUCUAGUGAUACUGAUGAAAUGCCUAUUGCAUGGGGAUUCUUGGGUGUGGAUGGAGCGCUGGCGACGUUGCAUGUUGAGCCGGAGCAUCGGGGUCGUGGGCUUGCCGUUCCAUUGUGCAAGGCUAUCAUGCGUCGUGGUAUGUCAGUAGAUGGUGUUUUUGGGGCUGGGGGUGUCAACUCUGAGGAUAGUCAGACUCGAGAGCGUGUUGGGGCUUGGGCGCAUACUGAGGUGGCUGGGUAUAAUAUGGCGAGUCGGAGGGUCAUGGAAAAGAUUGGGGGUCAGGUUUUGACGACUGUUACCUGGACUGUCAUUGAGCUGUGCGACUAA